CCGUGCUCUCUGUUGUCCUGCUCCCCCUGCAGAUCUUGGGAAAUGUUUCUGAGUUUCAGCGAGUUGUCAACGUGCUGCAGGAAGGGGUGGAUUUUGAUAUUGAUGUCAAUGCAUCUGUCUUCGAAACUAACAUUCGAGUGGUGGGUGGUCUCCUCUCUGCUCACUUGCUAUCAAAGAAGGCUGGUGUUGAAGUGGAAGUGGGCUGGCCGUGCUCUGGACCUCUCCUGAGGAUGGCAGAGGAAGCAGCUCGCAAACUCCUGCCAGCUUUUCAGACCCCAACUGGGAUGCCAUAUGGAACAGUGAACUUGCUGCACGGAGUAAACCCUGGGGAGACCCCAGUUACCUGUACUGCUGGAAUUGGUACAUUUAUAGUGGAAUUUGCCACUUUAAGCCACCUAACUGGUGACCCAGUGUUUGAGGAUGUUGCCAGGAAGGCUUUGAAGGCACUGUGGAAAAAUCGCUCGGAUAUUGGGCUGGUUGGUAACCACAUCGAUGUGAUAACUGCGAAGUGGGUGGCCCAGGAUGCUGGCAUUGGGGCAGGAGUGGACUCCUACUUUGAAUACCUGGUUAAAGGAGCCAUUCUCCUGCAGGACAAAGAGCUGAUGUCGAUGUUUCUAGAAUAUAACAAAGCUAUCAAAAAUUACACAAAGUUUGAUGACUGGUACCUCUGGGUUCAGAUGUAUAAAGGAACAGUGUCCAUGCCUGUUUUUCAGUCCCUCGAGGCCUACUGGCCAGGCCUACAGAGCCUAAUUGGGGACGUAGACAAUGCCAUGCGAACCUUCCUCAACUAUUACACUGUUUGGAAGCAGUUUGGUGGGCUGCCAGAGUUCUACAACAUUCCACAGGGCUAUACAGUGGACAAGAGAGAAGGAUAUCCCCUCAGGCCUGAGCUGAUUGAGAGUGCAAUGUAUCUGUACCGUGCUACCAGAGAUCCCACACUCCUAGAACUGGGAAGAGACGCAGUAGAGUCAAUAGAGAAAAUCAGCAAGGUGGACUGUGGGUUUGCAACUAUCAAAGACUUGAGAGAUCACAAACUGGAUAAUCGCAUGGAAUCCUUCUUUUUGGCUGAAACAGUAAAAUACCUGUACCUGCUGUUUGACCCAGACAACUUCAUUCACAAUGAUGGAUCAGCCUUUGAUGUGAUGAUUACGCCAUACGGGGAAUGUGUCUUGAAUGCUGGAGGAUACGUCUUCAACACUGAAGCUCAUCCCAUAGACCCUGCUGCGUUGCACUGCUGUAGGAAGCGUAAGGAAGAGCAGUGGGAGGUGGAAGAUUUGAUGCAGGAAUUUUAUUCUCUGAAGAAAACCAAGAAGUUCCCUUUAAAAAGAGCUUCUGACCGUGAUGAAGGGGAAGGUGUGAAAGACCCUGCAGAUGCCUCUUCAGAGAAAGGUGGAGAGAAGAGAAAUUCUAAGAACUCACACUCCCUUCUGAGUUGCCCCAGUCAAUCCUUUAACUCUAAACUUGCAGUACUGGGACAGGUCUUCCUAGAUAACACCUGAUUCUGUUUUCAUUAUCGGUUUAAAUUAUUGA